ACACGCUUUUUAUUGCGGACGGAAGGAACGUCCAUGUUUCUACUUUUUAAGUUGUUCGGUUUUUUUGUCUGUUUUUUUCCCUUCAAUUGUCCUCCGUGAGGAACUAGCGGGCUAUGCUAUGCUAAGCGGCUAGCUCAAUUAGCGGAUUCUACAACUUGGCGCAUCGGGAGUGUUUUAAGUUAUUUACGGUCAGUCGUUAACAUCGACCCUGGCUUUUCACGUGCCGCCCGGUCAAACUCAACCAUGAUUUGCAUAUCCACUUCCACUCCUUCCUCAUUUGCAUACAGCAAGAAUGGCGAGCGGGCAUCCCACAGACAAAUUCAGUUUCAUGUAUCAACCAGACACGCACAAGAGUAAAACCAGGUUAUCUUCAGCCAUGAAUCCAGUCUACAGCCCUGUUCAGCCUGGUACCCCAUAUGGAAACCCCAAGAACAUGGCCUUUACCGGCUAUCCAGGAGCUUAUCCGGCCACAGCUCCCACCUACACUCCCAACCUUUAUCAAACGGGAAGUCCUGGGUAUCCGCCAGGAUACACUCCUGCAGGAACCCCAUACAAAGUGCCCCCCACCCAGUCAAAUGGAGCACCUCCUCCCUACACCCCCACCCCCACCCCGUACCCUACAGCCAUGUACCCCAUCCGCAGUGCCUACCCUCAGCAGAACAUCUACGCACAGGGAGCGUAUUAUACCCAACCAGUGUACGCAGCUCAGCCACAUGUGAUCCAUCACACCACGGUGGUGCAGCCCAACAGCAUCCCCUCCACGGCCCUCUACCCUGCCCCCGUCCCCGUUCCUACACCCCGCAACAACGGCAUGCCUGCCAUGGGGAUGGUAGCCGGGACAACCAUGGCCAUGAGCGCAGGGACCCUGCUGACAACGCCCCAGCACGCCCAAAUCGGAGCACACCCAGUUACCGUGCCAACCUACAGGCCCCAAGGGACACCUGGUUACAGCUACGUACCGCCUCACUGGUAGAGCCCAAUCCACCCAUCAUAUCUGGAGUCCACCAUCGUAUGCAACUGCUCAAACGUAACACGAGCUCCCAGCAGUAACCACGAGAACUCGGCACCUGUCUGCAAGAACAAAACUAAAGUGCAACAGCCACUUUACUAUAAUUGUGAUUACGCGACAUUCUCUAAUAUUUUUACAAAAGCUGCUUUUGUUUUAGUUUUUUCUCUUUUCAUUUGCCAACCAGUCAUUACUUUUAUUUUGAAAGAUGUUUGAAUUCCUCGUAACUUUUUAUUUUUUCCUUUGCCGUCUGUCAUCGGAACUCCAGAAGAACUCUCGACCAACCGCGGGUGUCGGUCGCUCCUGCUUCUCUGUGUGUGGGUGUGUGUGUGUGUGUGGUCCCGCCUGCUGGGCUCAGCUGGUGGGAGAAUAUUGGGCACUUACUUCUUCGUCAUCAUCAUCCUCUCCAUCAGUCUCUACAAUGACUAUUGACUAAUGCUGCCAAAUGUUCUAACAACUAGAUAUCAGCACAGGUUUCCAACGAUUUUAUGCUCUUUUUUUUUGACACUUAACACUAAAAUGCUUCAACUUCUCCUUUUUUACUUUUGCUUUUCUUUGCUCUCCAUCUUUUUCCUGCCUGAUUUGAUCCAUUCUUUUUUCAUUUUGAUUUCGGUCAUCUUCCAGCAUGUCUCCAACCGUCUUGGCGGCUCGCUAACCCUAACCCUCGUGUCUUACUGUUUUCCCAUUGUACCAAGUACGCACUAAAGAAACCCCUUCAGACUACAGUCUAUGCAGGCUGGUAUGUCAUGACAAAUUUUAGCUAGAGAACAUUUCAGACUUGUUUGGCUCAUGUGUUAUUGUGAUUAUGCUAAAAUUAAAAAAAUAACAAAAACAUGCACACAUACACACACGCCUGGGUUCUUGUGGCGGGACAAAACACACUUAGUGGCACUUACUGAACAGAACCUCCAGUUGGAACACGAACACGACCGUGGAUUUUUAGGGGUGGGCGUGGCCUAGAGUGAGCAGAGAAGGCGUUUAAAGGGAGAGCUGAGGAGGGGGUGACAAAACCACGGGCGCUGCUUUUGUUUUGGACAUUCAUUAUAUGAUUAAUACUUUAAAUCUACUGUCGUUCAAUCUCCUUUUCUCUGGGCGAGGACUGAUAAUCAAACACAAAAGAGAUUUAAUUAUAAUGAUAAUAAUAAGUCAAAUUAGUAGAUUUUAGUUUAAUAGCGGAACAACAAAAGUAUUGUAAGAUGUGUCCAAAAAUAUAAAACUGUAAUUAAACAAAAAAAAAAAGACAUGGAGUUUAAUGAUUCUGCAAUCCAACUUGGGCUCAUCGGUGCUCUCUUGGUGGAGAUUUUGGUGCGAGUUCGGAGAUGGCUAGCAGGAUCCCACGUUUAGGCACAGCCUGUGGCAUUUUUCAGAUCUUACACACAGUCAAAGAAAAACCAGAUUAACGUUUAAGAUCUGUAGGAUGCAGAUUGGUAUUACGUUAAGCAUUUACUGCACGGGUAAUGUGGAUGAGGUGGUUUGAUUAUUGCAAUAAAUAAAGAGGUAAUGCCUCCAGCUCAGCGUACGGUCAUUAUUUUAUCAGCAUUCUGACUAGAUUCUUUUAGCAUUACCUAAAUACUGAUCCGGAGGCGUUUUACAGAGCCUUCCUUCCAUAAUUCAUGCUAAGAAGUUAAGAACAUAUCAGAAGUUUGGGGGUUUGAAUAGCAUUGUGAGGAAAUAUUGCACAAAAUAAGAUAAAAAAAAUAAACACUUGACUAUACUAUUAUGAUUUAAUGCUAAGGAACAGGUACUUAGGCUUUGUAGUGCAAAAAACCGAGGACUUUGUAUCAUAAUUAAAAUAAAACAAGGUUGAGUGUUAAGGCGUUCUUAGUCCAGAUGUUUGUACACUAGUAGGUUCAAGUUAUUGCAUUAAGCCGCUGUCGGAGGAAAACCACCGAUAUUUGACGUGGUAAAAAAACAAUUACGUGUAUUUUAUAUGAAUGAAGUGGUGGAUUAGGAAUGAAAAGUUCCAGACCUGUUGGGAUUCUUUUAUAUUUUAAACGAAUGCUUUAAAUUGACAGAAAAAAAAUUAUAAUAGGAUUUUCCUGCGACAGCUGUGACAUUUCUCCACAUUAGGAUUAUUUAACCAGCCACUCUGUCAGUAUUUUUGAUUUAAUCGUUAUAUCUGUUCUUUUUAUCUUAUCUCCCUUUGGUCAGUUGAGCAUUAUGGGUAUGCAUAAAUAUUCAGGUGUCUUUCACUAUAGCAUUGGAUUUCUAGGUUUAAAAGAAUAAAAGGAAAACAUGCAGUAUAUUUAAACAGCAAGUGGUACAGUAAUGUAUUUCUAGCUACGCAUGGUUGCAUCAGUGUGGCAGCUACUGUUUGUGCUUUUAAUAUUCUUUAUUUUUACUUCUGCAUCUGUCCUCUGCAUAUCUUCUUACUGUGAGAGGAGAAGUCUGUAAAUAAUGUGAGGAAUCGUGGAAUUUGUCAUCAGAAUCCCACAUUUGUGUGAAUUUACGGGCAGGGAACGAGCGACGCAGCAGAAACAGACUUUUCAGUUCAUUCCUGCUCCUUCAGUGCAUCAGGUGAUGUCUCGGGAAAACCCCUAGUUUCCACGCCUCCCUCCUUUUUUUAUUUCCUGUGCCAUAUUUCACCAAUCGUUUAUUAAAUAUUAGUUUCUUCCUAUAAAUAACUGAUGAGCUCUGAGUCCUUGUUUUGUCUUGCUUAACGUGAAUUCUGUGUUUUCCUGUUGCCGUCUUCUUUCUCCUGUCGUUAGGUCACAUGACCUGUCUUUUUAUCUGAUUGUGUGAAUACGAUGUCGAUCUGUGCCGUUUUGCCUCCUCCCAGACGUUUAGUCUGAUCCAGUUUGGGGAUGCAAAAUGACCUCAGGUCAUAUGUUCUGUUCUACACUUCUUGGCUCCUCCCCUUUUCUGACAGUUUUUUAUUGUUUCGGUGCUGUCAAUCUGAUCUUUUCACUCCAUUUGAAAAGCAGUUUUGUUAAAUUAGAUGACGAUCUUUAUUUAAAAAAAAUUUUAUGGUGGAAUUCUACAUCAUUUAAAUGCAUUUUAAAUAGUCCACUGACCUGUUUCGAACACUAGAUGUCACUGGUGACAAAGUCUGGAAGUGGCAUCUCCUGAGGGCUUUGAGCCUAAACUAUAAAGUAACUUGGUCUAAUUAGCAUUUUUAUUUUAUUGGGUGUCAUCUUUUCAGUAGUGAGAAUUUUGGGGGGAGAUUCUGAAACUUUAUCAUUCAUAUUUCCAGAAAACUCAACUCAACAAAUACAAGACUCCUACUGGUGUAUUUGUUGUAGUUGUGAGUUUUUUGACUGUGGACCAACACUCUUAAACUUUAAUUCCCCCUGUAGAAAGAGGCAGAUGCACAGAACCUAAGAGGAGAGAAAAUGGCUCCUUAAAAUCAGAAUUUUCUUUGCAAGAGGGUUUCACUGCCUCUCUUAGUGUCGCUUUUGUAGUUCAGUUUCUACUUCAGUGAAAAUGGGUCGUUGCACGUCUUCACGUGUUCAAGGAGGAAAGUUUGUGUGCAAAGUUGUCUUAAUCAUUGAUCCUUCUUUCCUCUUCAUUCAUCAUCCUGUCUUCUGUAACAUUUCCAGACCUGGAAAGGUUUAAAAGACAAUUGCUUUCCUCUGUUUUUCUUCAAUGUAAUUUAAUCUUGAACAUUUUCACUUAAACCGUGAAAACGUGACCUGAAGCUUUCAUUCCACUCUUCCCUCUUCUUUCUCUUAGAAUUUUUUAUUUAUUUUUAUUUUUUUGCCUUUCAGUUGCAGAGUUGUUGUUUUUUUUUCAGUAAAAAUUACAACACUACUAUUAAAAUGAAUAGUAGGCUCUUAAAUGUCUUUGAUGUUCUGCUGCAGCUUUUUUUUCCUUGUCAGAGACCUGUCUUUGUUUGAUUUGACACUAAAUGUGAUGCAAAAAGUGGAAAAAAAAAAUAUAUUUCCUCGUCUUCCAAACAACACAAACUCGUAUUCCUAGCGGAUCGAGUGGUAGGAACAACCCCAUCUUUGGAAGUUUUCGUUUGGUACCCAGUUUGCACAUGCUAUGGUAUAUCUGUUACCGUAAGGUUGUGUUUGAAACUGAAGCCCAACGUCUGUUCAGCGUUGAGAGAAGUGAAUUGUAUGUUAGCUAUUUGGUCCAGAGUGACGGACCUGCGUCAGGCUUGUGAUAUGAAGUGUAAAUCUGUUUUCAUUUUUUCUUUUUUUUUUUUUUAUGUAUUUUUGUUGUUGUUGAGGUUUUUUUUAAAGAUCAGUUAGUGAUCUUAGUACUAUAACUAAGCCAAGUUUGUAAUUGUAUAUUUACUGUAAAAUGUAGAACAUUGAAUAACUAUUAAAAUUUUCCUAUAAAAGGAA